AUUCUUGUUUAUAUAACAAGAAAACCACCUUCUUAUCAUAGUCUAACGUUUCUCACACUGAUCGUUAACCGCCCGCCAUGUUGAUUGUACUGUGUCUUUGUCUUAUAUUCUCUGUGUAUUCAAAUGCGGAGAGACCAACCUCGUGCAGGAAUGGGUGGAUCCACGGGGGCGACUCCUGUUACCUGAUAAGAUCUAUGACACAGGACUGGGCAGGCGCCAAAGUGGUUUGUGAUUUCUUGGGCGCAAAGCUUUUGGCGAUUGAAACUUCAACAGAAAAUGAAUUCAUUAAAAACGAACUUUCAACUCUUGGCGUCAACCAUUCCGGAUCUGACAAAGACUUGCACUUGAAAUACUGGACAUCAGGGACAGACUUCCAGACCCCCGGGACGUGGCUCUGGGGUAAGGACGGUACCCUGGGGUUCAGUAACUGGGCCGGGGGACAACCCGUGACACAUCACUGCCUGGCCAUCGACCCCCUGAAUCAGAAUUUUUGGGUAGCAGACGACUGUGAGAAAAGCGCCAAAUUCAUCUGCGAAAUCCACCUAGCCUCUUUCCAAGAAUCGACGUUUGGAUGAAAACUUUUAAAUAUUUACGGAUGUAUUUUUGUGACGAAAAAGUAAAUUCUAUUUCUCAUGUGGAUGAAA